GCGUCCAUCAUCUCCCCCCUUUCGCGCGACUCAUGGCAGACUCGAGUACGACGCAGAACGGGCUCAAGCGCAAGCGCGCCUGCGACUACUGCAAAGCCCGACGCGUCAUCUGCCAUCCUGAUCCUGAUGGCUGCCCCAGGUGUAUCGAGAAGGGCAUACAGUGCACGACGACCAUACUUCCUCGACGUCCGCGUACGAAGAGGGCAAGAGUACACUCGCCGGAACCAGCAGACAAUCCGGAGCCCGAAGAAGAGAGCCCAAGCGGUGGCACGAGCUCUUCUCUCGCGCUCUACAAGCCAUCGUCGUUUGGGGGAUGCAAUUCUCAUCAGACCAUCUCUCAUCCCCUUGCAUCUACCUUCGACACCAUACCUGGUAGCCUCCUUCAGGAUGCACUGGACGUGCUCAGCCGAAUGAUGCCAGGGGGCAGCUUACUCUUCCCCGUCCGGAGAUACCGGAAAGUGAUGCAGAACUGCGACUGGGACGUUCGGCUGCUCGCCCCCCAAGAGCGCGUCUUGACAUGCUGCUUCCUCGCCUUCGCGUCCCUUGUCUCAGUUGACCCCUUCUACGUUGGUCACGACGCGGCCGGCAACCGAUUUCCAGACACACACCUGUGCUGGGAUAAGGUGUCGCAGAAAUGGAUGGACGAGGCGAACGUGCGCGAGGCGGGGCGACGGCGGAAGCCCGUCAGCGUCAGACUUUACGGAGAGGCGGUUCGGCAGGCGCAUCAGGAUGGGAUUUCGAGUCAGGCUUCGCGGGAGAAUGCGGCGUCGUGCUUCAUGCUGAAUUUGCUCGAUGUUGUGUAUGAUUCGCAAAGCACCAUGCCGUGGGCGAGCGCCUACAUUUGGCAGGCACAGACGCUGGCCGAGCUGACUACCCGUGACGCGCUCAGCAAUGGCAGGAGUACACUGGAUUCCGACGUCGAACGUGUUCAAUGGCAUGGAUCACUGUUGGCGAUCUCUGCAUACUCCGUCAGCGUCGGGAAAAGUCUGCCCUUCUCCCCUCAUGAUGAAGUUCUCAUGACUGGACCCGCCCCCAAGGGCAUCGAAGAGGUCCUGGCUCAGGUAAACGAGCUCCCCGCCAAUCAGGGUGUUUUACAGGCAAUACACUCGUUUGGGACGCGCUGUGUUCGGCUAACGCGCGACGCGAUCGAGAAUAUCGUAGGAGUCACGGCACUGCAGAGCCCUUUGGACGAGCUCGAAGUCAUGCGCCAUGUUACAGCCGCCGAACACUUCUAUACGACUGUCCUUCGUUUCAGCCGCUUCAUUCGCAGCGCUGGAACUACGCCGUCACUACAGCUCUGCGUCUUCAGCUCGACCAGCUCUUUCGCCUGCCUCGCGGUCGCGCUCUAUCGAACCAUCCGACGCCGCGUCUGCGAGAACGCGAAGAGGGUGAGCGGCUCUCCCAGCCGCUUAACCGAGUGGUGCAAGCGUAUUCGGACCCUCGCGGCCCGCAGCGUAAUUACUGCCAUUUCGGACAUGCGAGGGGUCAUCGCGGCGCACUACUUGGGUAUGUUCCAAGCCGGCGGUUUUGAGGCUUGGGCGGAGGUAUUCCUGCCCAUCGAAAAGGACGAACCGCUGGAUGAGUCCGAUGUCACCACUGAAGAGCGUGCGCACGCUCUCGCAUCCUUGCGCGAGAUGAUCGAGUUCAGCGUCUUCACGGGCGUCGAACGCACGCAUAUCGUCACCGACAUCACCGCCGAGCUCGACAAAAUUCGCGUCGGCAGCUCUCGCGCCUCAAAUUGCUCCUCAUCCUCAUCCGACAGCGACACCUCUCCCGGCUCGUCUUUGCAUACGACGACGGACGGGCUGGCGUCCGGCUUUGAUGGUGUUGCAACCGCGAGCAGCUCGACGGCACCCUGCGAGCCAUCUAUCUUCACGCAGCAGGGCAAAGGAGAGCCUGACCCGCUCGAAUGGUGGAAUUACCCGACUUCGGAGGAGAAUUGGAGCGACAUGAUCAACUGGAUGGAGGGCACGGACAUCGGCGUUGGCGACAUGUGGAUGGGCCAUGCUGCAACAUAGAUACUACUCACAUACAGACUUUUGGGAGAGGACGUGGUGCGAAGGACGACCCGUCGAAUAACCGUAUCUUUAUUCUGCAUUGUUGUACAUUAGUACCGCUUUCCUGUUAUCCCGCUACAGUAGAGCUUCCUGCCUUAUUCAGCUAUAUAUCCCAUGAUCGUGAC